UUCUAUCAUAUAAUCAUACCCACAAGUCGAAAUAUUCAAAUACAUUAAAUAUUUCUUUACAAUUUCCAAUUCUUGGAUUUCUUCUCAUUCACAAACAGAGUGCCAUGGCCAAGAAAUAUUUCCCUUCACCACCCCUAACUUAUCUUCUUUGCAUUGUCACCCUCUUCACAUUGAUUAUUCCAAUUUCGUCUCGACCCGCAACUUUCCUUCAGGAUUUCAAAGUCGCAUGGUCUGAUUCUCAUAUCCGGCAAAUCGACGGUGGCAGGGCUAUCCAGCUCGUUCUUGACCAGAAUUCAGGAUGUGGGUUUGCCUCGAGAAGCAAGUACCUCUUCGGACGAGUGAGCAUGAAGAUCAAACUCGUCCCCGGAGACUCCGCCGGAACCGUCACGGCCUUCUACAUGAACUCGGAUACGGACAGUGUGAGGGAUGAACUGGACUUUGAGUUUCUGGGCAACUGAAGCGGUCAGCCGUACACUGUCCAGACGAACAUCUACGCCCACGGGAAAGGAGAUAGAGAGCAAAGGGUUAAUCUCUGGUUCGACCCGGCCGCCGAUUUCCACACAUACACCAUCUUAUGGACCCAUAAGCAUAUUGUUUUCUACGUAGACGACGUGCCUAUAAGAGAAUACAAGAACAACGAGGCGAGGAACAUACCGUACCCUACGUCCCAACCCAUGGGGAUCUACUCAACGUUAUGGGAGGCCGACGACUGGGCAACACGUGGCGGGUUGGAGAAGAUCGAUUGGAGCAAAGCGCCGUUCUACGCUUAUUACAGGGAUUUCGACAUCGAAGGUUGCCCCGUUCCAGGACCGGCUAUCUGCCCAUCCAACCCUAAGAACUGGUGGGAAGGUUACGGCUACCAAACCCUAAACCCCGUUGAAGCCAGACGUUACCGUUGGGUCCGAAUGAACCAUAUGAUCUACGAUUACUGUACGGACAGGUCUCGCUACCCAGCUCCUCCGCCUGAGUGUCACGCUUGAGCUCCGAGUACAUUAUUCACUUACAUGUUCUUACGAAUACGUAUAUAUACAUAUAUACACAUGUAUACUUGUGAUAUAAGAUAUACGUGUAAUUUGCUUAUUUUCGAUAUAUGUGAAUGAUGUAUUGUGUU